UGUUGCGGCAAGGCGGCCAUCGGCAGAUGAAGACGACGAUGCCACACUGAUCCCAUGCGAUUAACUACAUAUGCUUUUGUCAUCCGGUUAGCGGGCAGUGCUGUCAAGGUCCGCCCGUCACCACUAAUCUCUCGUCGCGCUCUCCGGCCCAUAUUCCGCCCCGGUUCGCCUCUCUCAUUCUCCCGGAAACUCGCGAUGCAGGCGGGCGGUGGCGACGCGGCGGUCCCGGAGGACGAGAGGAAGCCGACCAGCUACGAGUUGCUCAUUCUCGCUCACGAGAGGACCUCCAGAACCCCGAGUCCACUUCUGGGGGCCAACGGCGACGACGACUCCGAGGCGGAGUCCUUCGAGGGCGGCAGGACCGAGGAGGUGGACCGGAACACGCAGGAGAGGGCAUUCGCGUGGUGCCGAGAUUUCCUGUCCGGAGCGUGGAAGACCAUUCAAAUAAUGGACUUUCAAAUCAGCAUUGUCAGUGGCGGCUUGAGUAAUCUGCUGUACCUGUGCAGCCUGCCUGACCACGUGCAAAGUGUGGGGGCAGAGCCUCGCCAGGUGCUCCUCAGAAUCUAUGGUGCCAUUCUCCAGGCUGUGGACUCUCUGGUGUUGGAGAGCGUCAUGUUCGCCAUCCUGGCCGAGCGGACUUUGGGACCCAAACUGUAUGGCAUCUUCCCAGAAGGACGCUUGGAGCAGUAUCUUCCGAACACCCGCAUGCGCACAGACCAGCUGUCAGAUGCCGACAUCUCCGCUGAGAUUGCCAGCAAGUUGGCGCGUUUCCACAAAAUGGUCAUGCCCUUUAACAAAGAGCCCACCUGGCUGUUCGGGACCCUUAACAAAUACAUGGAACAAGUGUUGACGAUUAGUUUUACACGCGACGCCCACAUUAAGAAGUACAAGAAGCUGAAGAAGCUCAACCUGCCGACAGAGCUCAAGAACCUCCGCGAGUUACUGGCAGCGACGCCAUCGCCUGUGGUCUUCUGCCACAACGAUGUCCAAGAAGGUAAUGUUCUAAUGCUGCACAAAGGGGUCCAAAGCUCAACAGACAGACUGAUGCUGAUCGAUUUUGAGUACAGCAGCUACAACUACAGGGGUUUUGAUUUCGGGAACCAUUUCUGCGAAUGGAUGUACGACUACACCUACAACCAGUGGCCUUUCUACAAAGCUACGCCAGAGGAUUAUCCCAGCAGAGAACAACAGCUUCAUUUCAUCAGAAGUUAUCUGUCAGAGCAGAGAGGAUGCGGCGAUCAAAGUGUGGACCAGAGAAAAAUAGAGGAGGACAUUAUCAUCGAAGCCAACAGGUAUGCGUUAGCGUCACACUUCCUGUGGGGCCUGUGGUCCAUCAUCCAAGCCAAACUGUCCAAAAUUGAGUUUGGCUACAUGGACUAUGCCCAGGUCCGCUUUGAUGCCUACUUCAAGCAAAAGAAGCUCUUCUCCUGAAGAAGAAUCCCAAUUUUUGUUUUUUACUUUAUUUAAUAUAAUUACAUUUAUAAAGCUUCCUGUCUGUCCUGGAGGUAAUGAGAACUCUUCGUAUGCAUUUUGAAUCAAACAAUGUGAGAUGUUGCCCAAGCAAAUUCUGUAAAUCCAGUUGGAUUUCAAGGUCCCCUCCCCAUUAUAUAUUUUUUAUUUUUUUAAGAUGCACUAGUCUAUUGUGGACCACUUUUUGACAUGAGCCUUUGUCUUUAGUUUUGCCUACCUCAUUUGCUUUGAUUUACUGAUGUUCCGUCCUCAUUUAUAUGAAUAUGCACAUGUCAACCAGGACUCUGAACGGUUCUUAAAAAGAACUGUGUUCCAUAAUUUGGUGAGCAGACUGUUCUGAACGAAGGAGGAUUGAAGACGCACUGAAAGAAAUGGGAAUAUUACGAGAACAGAGUUGUAAUUUUGCAAGGGGAAAAAUCCUAAUAUUAUAAGAAUUAUAAGAAGAAAAGUCAUUUUCAGAGAAUAGUUGUAAAAUUAAAAAAGAAACCAAAAAAACCCUCAGAAUUUAUUUUAAAAAACAGAAUUAUUUGACAAUAGUUUUAAAUUUGCUAGAAAAAAGUUGUGAUAUUACAAAAAAAUAUAUAUAUAUAAUUUAUAAAACUAUCUGACAUAAAUUGCAAUUUAAAAAAGCAAGGUUUGUGUCAUUCCCCUUUUUUUCUAGAAUCACGCUAUAUACCGGUAACUUAAAUUCAGACUUUAUUUUAAUAGUUUGACUAUUCUCUAAUAUUUCAACUUCCUUGGUUGCAGUUGUUAUAUGGAUUUUGUAAUAAAUAUUACUACUCUUAAUUUAGAAGAAAAAUAUAAAAUGUGACAAAAAGUUGAAAAUUUGCAAGACAAGUUGAAAUAUAAGAAAAAUAGCACACGUUUCCAAAAUAGUCAUGAAAAUUCCAAAACGGAAAUGUUUAUUUCAUGAGAGUAAAGUCAUAAUGUUCUCAGACAAAAAGUCAUUAUGACAAAGUUGUUAUUCUCAUGUCUCUUGGAGUCUCAAACAACAGACAACAAAAAAACGCUCAAAUAAGUCUGCUGCUUUGUUCCUUUUGUCUCUCAAUUGUGUAACUACUUUGACGUCCUGCUGCAUCUUUUUUUUUUUUUUUUUUACAGCAAAACUUAAAAUGGAGUGGCUAGAAGGUUAUUUCUUUGGUUUGUCAUGCACCUUUGUAUUAAAUUUGUUGUAACCAAAAAAGCGCUAUCAUCUGCCUUUGGGAGAAGAAACUAAAAGUUGAGCACUAUUUAAAUCCUGAUGAAACAUCCCGAUCUCUGUUUUACAUUGCUCCUAUUUGUACUGUGACAGUUUAUAAUUUAAUAAACUGAAGUCUCUACAAUUGGA